AGUUGACCGUAGACAAGUCCACUUUCUCUCUCUGGACCUUCUACUUUUCCUUCUUCACAUCAUCACAUGUUAGAGCCUUAGAGGUCGGCCUAAAUUUUUGAAUUUCUCCUCCUUCAAUCUCUCUCUAAAUUUGGUGAAAAAAAAAAAUCUCUCUCUAAAAUCUGAUCUUUUCAUUCAAAGGUUCAAUCUUUACACAGAAGUUACAUUCAGAUCUCAGAAUUCUGUUUUUUCCGGUGAAAUUGGUGCCUACACUGAACCUUACUCAUGGCCGGGCGAUAUGACAAUCCCUUCGCUGAAGAAGAAGUUAAUCCCUUUGCUCCUGGGAGCGUUCCUUCUGCCACAAACUCGAGGCUUUCACCUCUUCCUCCUGAACCUGCAGAUUUCAACUAUGACCGUGGUGCCCCAUAUGAUAUUCCUCUUGAUACAAAUUCAUCCAAGGAUUUAAGAAGGAAAGAGAAGGACCUGCAAGCUAAGGAGGCUGAAUUGAGAAAGAGGGAACAGGAAGUGAAACGGAGAGAAGAUGCUGCAGCAAGAGCUGGAAUUGUACUUGAGGAGAAAAAUUGGCCGCCAUUUUUCCCAAUUAUACAUCACGAUAUUGCAAAUGAAAUACCAAUUCAUCUACAAAGGUUGCAAUAUGUUGCAUUUACAACAUUGUUGGGAUUGGCAUCAUGUCUUCUGUGGAAUAUUAUUGCCACUACUACGGCAUGGAUUAAAGGGGAAGGCGUGAAAAUUUGGUUCCUGGCUGUUAUCUACUUCAUAGCAGGGGUUCCAGGAGCCUAUGUGUUGUGGUAUCGGCCACUUUAUCGUGCGUUUAGGACUGAAAGUGCAAUGAAGUUCGGAUGGUUUUUCCUUUUUUAUAUGAUUCACAUUGGCUUCUGCAUCUUUGCUGCUGUUGCUCCUCCUAUAUUUUUCAAAGGGAAAUCUCUCACAGGUAUCCUGCCUGCUAUAGAUGUCGUAAGCAACCACGCUUUGGUCGGGAUAUUCUACUUCAUUGGAUUUGGACUGUUCUGCGUUGAAACAGUGAUCAGCGUUUGGGUUCUUCAGCAAGUAUACAUGUAUUUCCGAGGAAGUGGAAAAGCUGCAGAGAUGAAGCGUGAGGCGGCUAGAGGAGCUUUGAGAGCAGCUGUAUGACACUUGACACUGAGCUACAUGAAUGAAGCUAGAUAACCAUCUUGCAUGUGGAUGUGGUUGCUUCAGCUGGCUAUUUGUUACUUCUGUUUCAUACGGGGCAUUUAUGUAUUAUUUCGUUGUUUAAUUUCUUUUUAUUAGGGUUUAUUAGAAGACUUUUGAGGCAAUUCUAUCAUGUAAAAACGAGAUAGAAGCAUACCUGCUGUGAACUAGAGAUGUUUGCCUUUGUAAAUCUGAUCCUUGGCACUUUGAUUUGUGUGCGCA